UAUACAGUCGCCAUUUUGGAUCUUAGCAUGAAAACAUCCUUGCAUUUUGGUCGAAUUGCUUAAAGAUGUGAACUUAAUCGUUCACAUAACUUUCAAAUUUGGCACAAAAUGGGCCAGGGAAGCUCUAAGGAAAGUUACAAAAAUGCUGUGAAGAAACUAAGCAGCAUAGAACUAGCAAACAUCGAGGCGGUGUUUAACGAGAUUUCGACGAAGAGAGAGGAUGGAACGCGACAUGUAGAACUGUCUCUGAUCAAUCGGCAAGAUUUUGCUGAACGCUUCCGGCUGCCUGGCUUUAUUGCUGAACGCCUAUUUCACGCUUUUGAUCGAAAUGAGGUAGAGUACUUAAUUUUUAUUGUUUUGAAAUCCUGUCAUUUAUUGUCAGGGUCAAAUGAUGCUGGAGAUUAUGUGCUCACUUACGUAUCAUAUCUGAAGUCACAUAAAGAAUAAUUGCUCUUCCAGGUGAGCCAGUUAAGUGCCAGGGAAACUUGAGGGAAAAAUAAUGAUAAAUAUGUUUGAAAAAAAUGAAAAAACUUGAGGAAAUGAUAUGGGGCGACCCUGCAAUGGACCGGUUCCUGCACAGGGGGGUUGUAAUACUCCAAUUUACUUUAUGCUGUCAAAAUCCGGUUAACCCUUAACUCCCAGAAGUUAUCUAUAUGUAGUUUUUCCUAAUAUUUCCAAUAUGUUAGCUUGCAAACAGGGCAUGGGAAAAAACAAGCAAAUCAGUGAGAGGAAUUGUUAUCUUAACAUAAUGCCAAAUUCUCAUGUCUAUUUUGCAUGGAAAUGUAAGGGAGUUAGAAGGGAGAAUUACCAAUUGUAUCUUGGGAGUUAAGGGGUUAAGCUUUGUUACAAUGGGCCAUGUGUCUCAUAGGCUUUCUUCACUCUUCCAGCUGGAAGAUCUUGCCAAAGGAGUUUCAGUAACUAGAUAAAGUCUUAGGACAAAACCCCCCUGCCCUCCCCCUCCCUUCCACAUUUGGCCUGUGUAGCUGUUGGGUUUGUGUGUGCUUCGCAAUUUUGUAUGCAUGAGUGAUGACAGGUGAAGGCAUGGAAAUGAGUGGUAGAGUUAAUCAGUUCUUCUGUACCAAGCCUCUUGUGGCUUCAUCUCUCAUUACUUGGGAAAUGUUAGGCAGAAAAGAUGGAUUCAUCUUGCCAGCCAGCAGUAAAAAUAAAAUGAUGUUCUCACUCACCCCUAUGCAGAGCCAUUUGUGAGGAGCAUUGCAAAAUCGAAAUGCUCUAACAGAUUUGUUAUUUCCAGAGGGGUAGGAAGGUUUUACAAACUAAGCAAUAAGAUAUUUUUCGAUGAAAACAUUAUCUUCUUUUUAAUGUGGGCUUUCCUAGUUGUAUCUUGGCAGAGGAAAGAACCAAAAAAAAAAUCAUGAUGAAGUGCUGCCAGUCAUUGCAUUCUGAGUCAUUAUUUAUUUUGUUUUACUUGCAGAGUGGUACUAUAGAUUUAGAAGAGUUUAUUGGAGGAAUUGCCCUUUGCUUACAUGGGAAAGUGAAGGAUAAGUGCAGAUUACUAUUCCACAUCUUCAAUCUGGUACUGAUUUGUUAUACAUAUUACACUGUGCUCUAGAAAAAACUGGUGGAUUUUCCUUGAUCUGUAAAGCAAAAUAGGUCCCUGCAACAAACAAAAUCUCCCAAAAUAAAGUUCCACAAAAAACUACCGUUUUCUGUUCAAGAAAAAACUAUGAAUGCUAAUCAAGUGUCAACUUGUACAUUUUGUGUUUGGUGUCCCUCAAGAUAUCUAACUAUGGAUCAUUGACCAUGUAGGUCCCUGUACCUUUACCUACUGGUAACUCAAUACAUUGGAAAAUUUUAAAUUAUUAACUUCCUUUCCUUGUUAAUGAUGUGCUACUAGAACAGAAAAUUUCAAACACAAGCUCCUGGCAGAAAUUUUUGUCACCUCAAACCACAAGUCUUUUUUUUCGCAAAGCACAAAAAUUGUCACCCUUCAAAAUAAAACUCCUACAAAACUUUCAUUCUGUCCCAUACAUCCUGAGGUCCAUCACAUCUGAUCUCUUACUCUGAUUGCAGUCUGAUGAUGAUGGUGUUAGCAGAGAUGAAUUGACUGCCGUUCUCUUAAGUUCUCUUGAGUCAGCGCAUGUGAUAUUGGACAAUGUGGAAGAAACAGAGCAGCCUACAGAGGGGAACAAUACAGACAAGCUGAUUGAAACUGUUUCAAGGUUUUUUUUAAUCAAAAGAUUUUCCUGAUUCUGAAAAUUUAAUAGUUGUGUGUUAGAGCAAUGACAAAGGGCUAUAGCUUAAACUUCAGCCUUAGAAACUCUUACAGUAGCCAAUUUACAUUAUCAACUCAUUAUCUUCCAACAAUAUUUUUCCCCCUCACCCCAUCGGUUUCUUAAGAAAACUUACCCCCUUUAAUUUUUCAGGGUUUUUGGAUGAGACCUCAAUUUUGCAAAAUAUAUCCUGAGUUAAGGAAAUUGAAGAAAUGUUACCAGCAAUGCAAGCUACCCAACAUAGUGUUUGAUUGGUUGAUUUAACCACCAUGACAUGUAGUUAAUUCUGUUUCAGGAUUGUCAGUGAUGCAUUUGAUACCUGUAAUGUGUCUAAAACAGGAAAGCUUUCAGCUAAGGUUAGUUGAAUGUGGUCAAUACCAAAUAUCCCAGUGUGCAAAUUUGUAAAGAAACUUUGAUGUAAUUAGGUGUCCUAACUUUUGCAUUGAACCAUGAACAUCAUUAAGCAAUCAUUUCUGACCACCAUCACAAUGUAGAUGUUUUCAUUUGAUCUAUAUUUUAUAAAGGAAAAAAUUCUGAAAGAGUUUGAUACAUUAUGCAGUUUUAUCUGUGUUCUCAGGAGUUUGAACAUUGGCUUUAUCGAAACCCAAAGAUAAUGGACAAUGUGUUUGGCUGGCAAUGCCCAAGUCCAGAGGGUAAGUUUCAAGGUUUUAUCGAAAUAUAGCAGAUUUUAAUGACCAAUUUAAUAAUCUUUUGAUGUGACAUCCAUAGAGCCUGGUAACCCUGAAUCAUUCUCAGUCAUCCUCCACAGCAUGGGUGGUUGACCCUUUGACCCUUAAGAGUGACUGGCAUCUAAUUUCUCCUUACAAUAUCACCCCUGAAUCACCCCAAGAUUAUGGAGAAAUGCAUGCUGAUGUUAGGGUGUGAAGGGUUAAUAAAGGCAGCAUAUCAAUGUCAAGUGAGAUGGGUUGAGUAAAAGAGAGAGAGGGCAGAGUCUAAGACUUCCCUUUCUCAUCACUCCUUCCUCCCUCAUCGGACUCUUAUAUCAUACCAGUACAUGUUAGGUAGCUGAUUGGGAUUGUAUCUAGUCCAUCAUCCCCAACUAGGAACAUAAUGAGCUUGAAAUUUCCAUGUGAAAUGACCAUUGGCACCUAAGGACCCUCUCCCCUUCAGCUAUGUUUAUUUAUGGACAGUUGGAUGAAGUCAUGUGGGAUAAAAGUGAGAGUUAUUGAAUUUGUGGAUCAAUGUCAUUAUCUCAAAAACUGUGCACCUACCCCUCCCCUAACCCAAUAACAGUCACCUGAUAACAAGCUAGGGUUAAUGUUGGAACAGGGGAGGGGUAGGUGUGCAGGUGCUCAGUUACUGACAUUGAUCUAAAUUUGUUUUUCAGAGGGUCAGUGGAUGAAUGAAAGCUCACCAGAAGCAAGUCCUACUAAAACAAAGUUUACUAGCAUAUUGUCUGAUGAAUCUGUUCAGAGUGUGGAAAUUCAGGGUGUACCAUCUGAGCAGAGUGACAACCGUACCCUAAGUGACUUGUUCUCUUCAAACACCAGCACUAGUAGUGAUGCAGAAGGACACAGCUUCUUUGAUUCUCUUGUUGCCCCAGCUGCUUCUGACCCAUUUUCACAAAUAGGGGGACAAACUUUUCCACCAUCAGUUGUAUUCUCAGAGCCAAUUCAUCAACCUUCUGAAAAACAAUCAGCACCAGAACCAGCUCAAGGGGAUUUGGGUUUUAAGGUGGUGAACAAUCAGGACACAAUACAACAAGACUCAGAACAGUGGCCUCCGUUCCAAGGGGCUGAAACGCCCAUGCCACCUGUUGCCCCAAUUCUCAGUCAAACUUCAGUGGCCCACGAUGAUCCUCUAAAUGCCAUGCAAAACCAGGAAUCAUCUAAUCUCAAACUUGAAAUUACUAAGGAACAAAAGCUUCCUUCAGCACCACCUACCCCUGAAGGAGAGUGGGUGAGAAGCAAACAAACUGAAGCUGAGAGAAGAUCCUCAGCAUGGAUAGCAACACCCCAGACUAAUCAGUUUCUGGUCACCAUUGGAUCAGGUAUGCUGAACCCUGCAGAUGUGGAUCAACAGUUCUUAACAUCUCCUGGAUUGGUUAUUGAAGGUCCACAGGUAGGUUUUUGGUUUUGAUGGAGUGUUUCUUUAUCAUUAUGUGAUUUAGUUAAAUGACAAUUUACUGAAAUUUAUGCCCACAACUUUAGCAUGCCCCUUCUGAUCAUCAGUCACAAGUGAAGGUAAAGGUGGAAUAUUGCAAUUCAUUUCAGCUGGACCUCAGAGUUCAUAUGUAGUUUUGAAGCUGUUGUUUCUGGCAGUCCUGAGCAGUUUUGUAGAGUUUGUCUCUAGGCGCUUCCCCCAUCCUAAGGCACCCCCUUUUUAUCUCUACCUAUCUAAGCAUUGUCGAUGGGUGCUUGGAAUAGGGGCUUGUGGCUGGGUUCUUGGGAUUUGCCAGCCAUGGAGGCAGUUUUCUUCUUGGGGGCUGGCUGGAGACAGUGGAAGCUCUUGGAUUCCUCAAGUGCCCACUUUCCUUUUAAGCAAGGCAGCUUUUAAUGGCCCAUACUCGUAAAGCUUAAAUCAUAUUUACUUUUUAGGUGGACCCUGUGAAGGAGCUGAUGUCAAAGUUUAUGGGUGAACAGGAUGCAGAAAAUAGAAAGACAUUGAGUGUUGACAGUGUUCCAUUGGAUGAGUCUGGGCUCAGAGAAUUACUGGUAGGUGAAAGAAACCCAUCUGCAAGAGUCCACAACUUUUGCAUCCAGAACCUGUAUACCAUCCAAAUUUUGGUGUACACUGAGUUGUUACACACUUAUUCAUACCAGAGGGCCUAGCUGGAGUGUGUUGUCAAGUUAGGUUGUUGAUCCUGGUCAGUAAUUAUAAGAUAACUCUUGCUGCAUAAGUCAGUUGCUAAGUGUCAGUUCUCUGCUAAGCAAGUUGAACUACCUUUCAUUGUCUUUCCUAGUACCCUUUUUUGAUUGUAAAGUAGAUAUUGUUGAAUUUGUGUCAUGAUCCCAAUCCCCUUUCAGAGACAACAGUGCUGGCGAGCAGCUCUUGAAUUUACCACCAGGUUCUUGACAGCACAUGGCCAGGGUGUGGGACAGAAGGGUCAGAGAGCUUUACACACUCACAAGACCUUACAGGUAUAGACUAGGAGUAAUGUUUAUGGAAUGAAUCACCUCCCAUUUUGCACAUUCUCCUUCUACCCCUUAGGGAAAGCCUGUAGAAAAAUUACAAAAUUCUUGAAUAAAAAUAGCUAAGAAGUUACCCCUCUUCCUUUUGUUUCUCCUGUUUUUUCCCUUGAUUUCUCGUUAUCUAACUCAGUUUAUAUCUGCUUUGCAAUAAUGGCAGUGAUGAUAUUGAUGAUAAUGAUGAUAAUGAUAUGAGUAAGAUCGUCAUGUAUACCAUUAUAUAUCUAGUUGUAACAGAUGUGGUAAUGUAGCUACACAAAUUUUGUAUAACAAACACAGAUAUUAGCUAGUAAGUUUGAUUAGAAGUCAUAAAAGGAAUUCAAUAGAUUAAACCACGUAUAACGAGUUCCAGUUUGAGUAAAGGUACUAGGAUUUCCUUUGACUCGCAAACACCAUGUAAUGAAAUUAAAAUUUUGUAUCAGAUGAUGAUUGAGUCCCAUGCAUCAUUUCUUGAAUGGUUUUGUAUGUUUCCCUCUCCUGUCAGUUGUCAUCUUUUCUUGUCCAUUGAUAUUUUCAUAAGAAGAGAAUUUAAUCCAUGGAAUAAUGUUGUUCUAUGAGUUUGGUGAAUGAGGGGGUGGGGGGUGGUUAGUUUGUGGUCUCACUGAUGAGCUGGUCUUCUUGUCAUCUACCUACAGGUUUGGUUUUGUAGAAUAGCUCUUAUGUUCAAGCUACAGAUGUUUAGUACUGCUGAGGUUGAAUUAGAAGCCUUUGGGAGUUUUAACCAGCCUGACCUGUUUUAUGAGUUUUACCCUGAUACAUAUCCUGGAAGAAAAGGUAUGUGUCUCAGUGAUACCUUCUCAUGAGUCUCACACGUUUUUCAGGAGGUGAGGUAAGGUUCUCAACUACACUGUAUGCAGGACCUCUCGUUUGCAGAGCUUUAGAGCUGACUUCUGUGCAAAUCGAGAUGUUUACCCUCUUCCUUUUUUUGUUUACAGGGUCUAUGGUACCAUUUUCCUUGAGGGUUUUGCAUGCAGAACUACCUCAGUAUAUGGGCCGACCAAAGGAUGCCUUAGACAACCUGUAUGAGCUGCAAAGGAAAUGCAGUAGGAUUCAGAAAAACUUGCAGGACAAUCUGACCGAGGAUGGUGGCCAGGGAGAGAUGACACCCGAGAACAGAUUGGGUAAAGUAAAUCCCACAUCCCAUGAAAUAGAAAUGUUCAAUCUAGAGUUAAAAGCUGGAUAUCGAAAGCUGAGUAUCGAAAGCUGAGUAUCGAAAGCUGAGUAUCGAAAGCUGAGUAUCGAAAGCUGAGUAUCGAAAGCUGAGUAUCGAAAGCUGAGUAUCGAAAGCUGAGUAUCGAAAGCUGAGUAUCGAAAGCUGAGUAUCGAAAACUGAGUGUCGAAAGUGAUACGGGAUAACUAAUUUGGUUUUACUUCACUGCGCCUUUGCUCUUUAAUUAAUCUAGAAAACUUGCGCCAGCCUCUCAACCAAUUGGAUGCAAAAGAGGGAAAAAUCGCAACUUUGUUUGUUGUGUUUUCCUGCCCUCUAAGCCAUUACUUUAAAACCCUUUCCGCUCACAUUAGCAUUUAUAUUCUCCAUACAGCUCUCCCCAUAUUCCUAAGGUGUUGAAAAGGAGAACAUGUCUAACAUGUAGGAGCUUCUUUGGUUGGUGAUCAUUUCCUAUAUUCUCAUGACCUUUACAUUUGAUUUAAGGGUGAAACUGUAAGGAGAGAUUAGAAGCCAGACACUUAGGGGGUUUAAGGGUUAAGUUCUCGUUGGCUCCUUGUAACAACCACCUCUGCGCAGAAGCGCCUAUGUGGUUACUUUGGUUUCGUUAUUACUACGCGUAAUGUAAAAGCGCCCAAUAACAGAAACAAGUCAUUUAGUAAUUUUGUGAGUUCGAUUUUUUCAGCUGCUAUUGAAUUGUGGAUCACCAGAGAGGUGCGCGUUCUUUAUUCGAUAGGAAACUGUUUUCUUGGCAUGAAGGUAAGAUGAGCUAAAUUUCUCUUUUGUAUCUUUUGUUGAUGAGAAAUAAUUCAUAUCGAGUAGCCCCUUUUUUUUAAAUCUUAGCCUCUCUCAUUUUCCGCGCUUUGGGCAGUUUGCUGGUUUUAACUUUAAGCUUUUAUUGGCUGCUUGGUUUUUUUUCCCUUUGCUUUGAUUGGUUCUUGUGAUUCCAAAGGUUUCGGUUUUGCAGCACUCAUUCGAGAUGCUUCCAGGGUUGAUCGUGGGACAGCUAAGAAAGAAGAAGACAAAAAAACAGAGCUAGCUAUGUAUUUACAGUAUUUUAAAACCGGCAGGAUUACAGUUUAGCUGUGACAGUGUUCAAGUCUAUUAUGGAUAAAGAUCCUUCAUGUGAAUUCAACUUGUUAUCUGGGAUAGGAAGAAUCUACUUACAGGUAAGCCAUGUGAAAUUUCUAUCUAUUUUUCUUUCAUAUUUAAGGCCGUAACCUUAGACUCAUUUCAGUAGAGUAUUCCGAUGUAAUCACAAUGGCUCUUUAGCAAACUCACUGAACCGCGGGAAAACGUUGGCGACCGCGUCGCCACCGUUAAAAGUUUUUCAUCCGAUUGGCUGAGAGGGUGCACUGGUUUACUUAACCAAUUACCGAGUGUCUAUGAAAUUAAACCUAAGUAGUACCAGCCUAUUAGAUCAAUGAGAAAUACCACAAGUAGCCAAUGAGAAAAGGCGGGAUAGUCUGUAGACUUAACCGCGGGAAAACGUGAGUGACGAAGUCGCUACCAGGUCUUUUCUCUCGAUUGGAUGAGAUGAUCCGCGAGUUUCUUGAGCGAUCACAGAAUGUAUUGAAACAAAACUUGAGAAAUUCUUUUUAAUCUCGAAACUGUUGGAUGUUACCUUAUAUGAUGUUUGUUUACAGCUUGGAGACUUGGAAACGGCACAGAGUUAUUUCAAGCAGGUGGAAUCAAAAGCAACUGGUGACCCAAACUCACUUAGUAGUGUAGUCAUGAAUAAGUAGGUGCUCACUUUGGAAUUUUUUUGGUACUAGUUUAAUUCUGGUCUCCCUUCGUUUCUCGCUCCGUCGGGAAGUCCAGCUUGUAAAUGAUACUUUUGUGCUGUGUCGGCGGGAAAAGUUGAUUUUCAACCAGAGUUUGAUAGGUGUAGGUGAUCCGCGGUAGUAAAGUUUAGAAUGGUGAAGUUGCAUAGACGACUCGAUCGUUAACUUUUUGGAAGAGCAAUAAUGAAUUACCUACUUCAAAUCUAACUCAACUCGCUACCAUGAAGUAUCGCGUAAUGUCAGAAAAUGCCGCCCGUGGUAAAGCUACGUCCCAUGUAAAAAAGCAAAUUCUUUACCAAAUUUUCGCCUCUUAAUUUUUCGUACGGUUUAACUCUUAAGUAAUCCUUAAGUGAAACGUAAUCCUUACAUCAGUUUGCAAGCUCUCGGUACUGUUUUUUAUAAAUUUCUUAUGCUGCUUACAAGGAGAAUUUGUCCAACAAUCAAGGGAUUCUUAAGUUUGCGAUCAUUUCCUUUCAUUCUCAUGACCAUAAUCACCCACAAUAACACUGUUGGGAGAAAUAAGAUGCUUACCCUUGGAGAAAAAAAGAGUUAAGACACAGAACAAACAAAGAAGAUGAGAACUUUCGAGGAAAAAAACGGUUUAAUUCCAAGCGUUGAAUGAACAAACACAGUUAAUUCCUUCCAAAGUGGGAGAGGUUAUUCUUGCUGUCUCAAAGCUCUUCUUUUCCCCGAACAGAGGCUUGCUUGCGUUAUCUGCAGGAUCAUACGAUGAAGCUCACAGACAUUUUGUAGCUGCUACUAAACUAGAUCCAUAUAGUUCUGUGGUAAGUGUUCAUAUGAACUUUUAGAAACUACUAAAGCGAAUUUCAUUUCGGCCUCAGUCUUUUGCAUCCUGUUCCAGUCUCGCAUUUCAGUCUUAGAUUUUUAUUGUCUUGGUUUUAAAUAUUACUGUAGUUUUCUUUUUAACCUUGAGAUUAUUUUGGUUAUUUUCUUUUCUUUUGUGCGCAGGCUAUCAACAAUGUAGCUGUUUGUUUGCUAUUUCUUGGCAAACUUAAAGAGGCAAGUCUGACAUACCAUUUAGUUUAUUACCUUCUAAAAACACAUCGCUAUAGUGCGUUUUAAAACUGUGAUGUUUCUCUGUUUUCUUAAACGAUGGCUUUCAUUCGCUGUUAUUUCCUUGAAUCCAUUGUAACUUGAUAAAAAUGAUUUUGUAAUCAACCUUCAGUCGCCGAACGAAACGUGCACGGUUGCUCCCGUUUUGAAACAAGAAAUGCAUGAUUUUUUCCGAUUCUAAUUUGUUUAUGCCACCUGAAAGUUUUCAAUCUGUUCAAAUGAGAGCACGCUAAAAGCAACGAGCGUGGUUGCGACAUUUGAUCAGACUACGCCAUGCACCCACUUUCCCUAAGUUGCAAUGUUGCCACAGAAUCAGUUUUAAUAAAUAUUCACAGUUGGGUGAAGAGCUAGACAAAACGGCAGCCAUCUACAAACGCAAGAAAGGCGAGAGCUCGACCAAUAAUCGACCUAAAUUUAUCUCUUGAUUAGCUGGGAAAAUGAUGAUGUUUAUUUUGAUUGUUAGAAGAGCUCAAAAGUGAAUCCACUCACAGAACUCAGAAAGUUAUGCAAAGAGGUGUUUUCCUGUAACUGAAGAUAGUUCAAUCCUUUUUUAUUCUAUGGUUGUCUUUUUCAGGCGCUUUCUUUACUUGAGAGGAUCAUCUGGAAAGACCCUGAAACAAAUCUUCAGGAAGGGCUACUCUUUAACCUCUGUGCCAUUUACGAACUUGAAUCAUCCCACAGCAUGCAGAAGAAGCAAAAACUUCUAGAACUGGUUGCCAAACAUCGAGGAGAUGGGUUUAAUACCUCCUUCCUGAAGAUAGCUUGACACUUGCACUACUCUUAACUCCGAAACACUUUCGUUGCCCUUUCGGAACACAUCGGGAUCAGAUCGGCGAGAAACUACAAACAUUCUCGAAACUGUUGUUGCACUCGAAAUUAUGUUUAGUUACUCAACAAUGGGAAUGAAUAAGCUAAGGAAGUAUUACGGACCCUGAACGCCGACUGCGAUUAAACCUCUCUCACUCAUUUCAGUGGUGCUCUCAACUGCUAUUUCGUUUUUCUUUUGAUAUUGACUUGAGGCAGGCCUGCGGUCAGCGGAGACGAGCGAAAAAGCGAGCGCACGCACCCGUUUCUCACACAACUUUACGACUAACCGCUGUUAGUCUAUCGCCCACCCCAUCAGUGCAAGAGCGACUACCUCUCCCUCCAUUGACUAAUGGCCUGGAACAAGCUACUCUGAUAUCAAAGAUGGGUUUUGUGUCGCCGUCCGUUAAUUUUUUAUUCGCCAGUUUGUUCUAAAUCGGAAGCGAAUGAUUGUCUUUUAAAACAGUUACGGAUCUUAAAAAAGCCGCUUUAUGUUAACAAGAGUUAAUCACCCAAUCCAAUUAAUCUUCUUUUAGCACAUGGUAUUUUACCACGGACAUUUUCAGAAUAUCGCGUUAAUCAAAGUGGAAUCGGUGGACAAAACUUGUAUUUUGAGAGAGUUAAUUGAUAAGUAACAUAGUAUUAAAAUUUAAAAUUCCACUCUAAUCAAGGCGAGGACUAGGUUAAUCGCGUUUGACUCAAAGCGCAAAGGGCGGAAAAGAUUAUAAUAACCUUGAGUGUGGGGAAACAUGAAACGCGUGCCAUGUGCGGGGGAACAUGUAUGUGACCUUUUCAGAAUGCAGGGG